UCUAUUUUUCUCCAAUUUCUAGAAUUUUCUCCUUCAUCCCCAAAGCAAGGGGAGAUGACAUCUUGUCUUCUCUGAGCCACCUGUGCCCCACAACCAGCAGAGCCAUGGAUCUGGAAUACGAGCUGCCCAACGCCACCACCUUCUGGUUCUCUCCAGCUUCCCCAUUCGACAACUUCUCUGUAGAGGCCCCCACCAAUGCAUCACAGAAUGCCACUGGCCAGCACUUCGACCUAACCAGCAACGCCAUCCUCACCUUCAUCUACUUUGUGGUCUGCAUCAUAGGGCUGUGUGGCAACACACUGGUGAUUUACGUCAUCCUUCGUUAUGCCAAGAUGAAAACCAUCACCAACAUCUACAUCCUGAACCUGGCCAUUGCUGAUGAGCUGUUCAUGCUGGGGCUGCCCUUCCUGGCCAUGCAGGUUGCGUUGGUACACUGGCCCUUUGGCAAAGCCAUCUGCAGGAUUGUCAUGACAGUGGAUGGGAUCAAUCAGUUCACCAGCAUCUUCUGCUUGACAGUUAUGAGCGUUGACCGCUACCUGGCUGUUGUCCAUCCCAUUAAGUCUGCCAAGUGGAGACGGCCCAGGACAGCCAAAAUGAUCAACGUGGCCGUUUGGGGUGUCUCCCUGUUGGUGAUCAUGCCCAUCAUGAUUUAUGCUGGGGUGCAGCAGAAUCACGGCAGGAGUAGCUGCACCAUCAUCUGGCCAGGAGAAUCAGGUGCGUGGUACACGGGCUUCAUCAUCUACGCCUUCAUCCUUGGCUUCCUGGUGCCUCUCACCAUUAUCUGCCUUUGCUAUUUGUUCAUCAUUAUCAAAGUCAAGUCCUCAGGCAUCAGGGUGGGCUCCUCCAAGAGGAAAAAGUCUGAGAAGAAAGUCACCAGGAUGGUCUCCAUCGUGGUUGCUGUCUUCAUCUUCUGCUGGCUCCCUUUCUACAUCUUCAACGUCUCCUCUGUCUCUGUCCUGAUCGUGCCCACGCCCGUCCUCAAGGGCAUGUUCGACUUUGUCGUGGUCCUCAGUUAUGCCAACAGCUGUGCCAACCCCAUCCUUUAUGCCUUCUUGUCUGAUAACUUCAAGAAGAGCUUUCAGAACGUCCUCUGCUUGGUGAAGGUCAGCGGCAUGGACGAUGCGGACCGAAGCGACAGCAAGCAGGACAAAUCCAGGCUCAACGAGACCACAGAAACCCAAAGGACCCUGCUCAAUGGUGACCUGCAGACAAGCAUCUGAGAGGGCAGCGGGGUUGUCCUUCACUCGCUCUCCUCUCCCCACUUGCUCCCAAUGGCACUGGUACGUAGGGAGUCGGGCAGGAGUGCCAGAGAUGCACACCCCAGUGGGGCGGGUGUCCUAAGCUGGGCUGGUUCCCAAGCUGCUGCUGGGUUGGCUUUCAAGCAUUGUGAAGGAUAUGGUUCAAGAGGAACUGCCUCACCAGGAACACAAAGACUCUGUAGGAAUCCCCACGUGGCAGCGCAUGUUUAAACACCAAAGUGCCGCUGUGGGCAACAGAUAUUGCUGGGACAGCUCUGCUGGUUCUCCUGGUAUUACCCAUGGGGCUGAAAUUGGCUUUGGGUGCUCUGCCCCGGAACGGUGCUCACAUCGAACUGAUGGAUGGAGAAUGCAGCCUGGCUGGGCUGGGACCUGAGUGCACAUGGGGUGGCCUCGGGAGGAACUGAGACCACAGGUGCACACACUGGCUGCACUACUGCAGAGCUGUGCCGACUGGGAGCCGAGACCUGGGAGCUCCCUGCAAGCACAAGCAUGCUCCUGCAGUCACGUCCUCCCCAGGGAGACAAGGGGUUACAUUCAGCCCGACUGUAAGUUACUCAACCCUUCCCUAAAGCCUCCCUACUGCUGUUUGACUGCUUCCUUUGCAGAGAGCUGUCCUGCAUGGAGGAGGCACGGCAGGACAGAGGCAGCCUCCCCGAGGACACAGCCCUCUCCAGCACUUUUGGGUCCCUCCGUGCUUCUGUUCUGCCUCUGCCAGCCCCACAGCCUCCCUGCUGCAGGAGAGCCCCUGCCCUCCUGCCUCCUAUGACAUCACCUUCCCAUAGAUUUUCUCUUCAGAUGGAGGAUUUUCCCCCUUUUUCCUUCUUUUCUUGGAUCUGUUCACAUCAGCCUCUGGCUGAUCUCCCCAGUGAGCCAUGGCCGGGCUGGCUGAGCAGUCACUGUACAAUCCAGUAGGAAAUUCUUGGAAGCAUUUACUCAGCAGUAGCAUUGGGGUUUGGAGUACAGCUGUGCAGUUGCUGCUCAUCCUGCUGCUGACAGCCAGGUGAGAUGUGGGCUUGUCCUGUCCCUGUGGUGGCACAGAGAAUCACCAGGGCUGGAGCUGCUAUGAGCGAACAUCGCCUGCUUACCAAGAACACCUCCCUGCUCUUUCCAGGCAAGUCAUUAAAAAGGAAGGAGUGAUGGAGAAUAUGGUUGACAGGAAUUUGGGGCACAAUGGGGCUUGACCCUCAUCUGAGCCAAAAGGACUGGGCGGAGCAGAGGACCCUGAGCUGAAGGAGGAACCUCUGAGAUGCAUGGAGGAACCUCUGAGAUGCAUGGAGGAGAGUCCCCAGGCUGCCUCUUCUGUGGGAUGGCUGCAGCUGCUCAUGUCUCCACGCCCUGUUGCUAACAGCAAGGCUGUGACCACUGCAAGCCACCCCUGUCACUGCUGGGGUGCACGUCCUGCAGGUAACUGCAGAGGGGGGACAGCAUUUUCCCCAGGGGCUUCCAGCACGAAGCCAAGAGGAAGAGCAGAGAAGAGCAGAGAAGAGCAGAGAAGAG